CCGAAAAAGGAUUCUAAACAAUUAGAUGACGAAGAUGUAGCUUUUAAACAGAAACAAAAGGAACAACAAAAAGCACUGGCAGAAGCAGCGAAGAAAGCUAGUCAAAAGGGUCCUCUUGUUACUGGCGGCAUCAAGAAAUCUGGCAAAAAGUUUAAUAUCGCUCAUUAAGUUAACGAAGCUUUGAACGCCAACGUAUCGACCCACACCAGUGACGCCAAUUAACCUUGAUUUCGAAAUGCGUAAAAAUACUCCAACACGAGUUUGACCGACAAAAGGAAAAAAGAAAAGACAAAAAAAGUACAAAAAUCGAUUUCGAUUCAAUGCACUGAAACGUAAAAUUGCCAAAAAUUAAUAACAAAAAAUAAUAAAUUCUCGACGAAAGUAUGUACGUGAACGUGUUUCAAUAGCAUGAAAUGUAAAAAAAAAAAUCGUUCUAGAGAAUAAUAAUAGUGGUAGUAGUAGUUCGUAUAUAUUGAACGCGAGCGCGUGGUGUUAGCUACGAGGCGUGAAUUACAGCUGAUCGUCAGAUGAUCGACAGUGCCGACAACAUAAGAAUGUAAAAAAUCAGCCAUCGUCGACUCUCUCUCAUUGUUCGAACGUUACAUUUCGUACGCAUUACGAGAUUGAUUCUUAAUAAAGAAACUUGGCCUAACGAGUAUUUUCGAUUCGGGCGUGAGUGUUAUUAAUAAUGGAAAAAAUUCGAGUGACGAUCAUUGACGAAGAAAAAUUGUAUAGAUAUGUUUUAUUAAAAAUGAAUUCAUAGAAAGAACACGAACGCGCGUGUGCAUAAAGGAAAGAAAGAAUGAGACAGAGGUAGACAGCAUAAGAAAGAAAGAAAUAAAGAAAGAAAUAAAGAAAGAAAUAAAGAAAGAACGACACACAUAUCGUCGAUAUAUGUAUUCUCGAUGAAGGAAAUUUAGAAGGUAUCAUCAUCAUUGGUUCAACUCCAUUCUCGCCGUGGGUCGAGAGAGCGAAUAAGAGAGAAGGAGAACGAUCGAAGGGAAUCUUCGAGAGGACACGGCUGAUCGGAGAAACAGUUCUGACAAAGGACAAAAGACGAAUUCGUGUGCACAUCGAUAGUCUCGAGAACGGCCAUGGGGCCCGACAGGAUCAUUUGACCCCUGGGGACGACUCCAAGCUCGGUUGAUUGUCUUGCUGCCUCGCGCGAUACUUCGAUUCAGAAUGCACUGCCUAGGUGCGGUGACAGGGAGCACUCCCAGCCCAAAUGGGGUUGGUAGUCGAGGCGGUAUACUUAGUAUGUUCCGAGCUCUUGGAGUCCUUGUGUGCGAAGGGAGAAUUCAGGGACCCCCUCGUGGGUACAAAGAGGGCCCGCAUUGUGCACCGCCUAUGCAACCUUUCCCGAACAACCACGUUUGCGAAGAGGACAAUUAUUUGUGCGACCGGUACCUUGUCCUAGUUCGAGAACUCGCUGAUCGGACCGCGAUCGGAUCGUUUCUAUGCGUUGAAGUACUACUCUGCAGCAAUUGUCAAUGUGGCUUAGCAAAAGCCACCAGCAAGCACCCGAUCUGCCCUGUACCGUCCUUAUCCAUCUCACCAUGGCAACAAACUUCCGAACUUUUGUUGGAGUAUUGGUGCAUCUGCGUUAUACCAAGCAAGAGCCCGGAAACGAUGAAUUUCCAAGGACUUUAUCAAGCAGUCCGUUCUAGAUUACACUUUAGUCAAGUUGCCGCCUGGUGGUCCAGGAGUAACGGAAUAGAACCGAAUUAUGUGACAACCAGGGUCGUACCGCACAACGAGGAUAAUCUAAGGAAAUUUAAUGAUUCACCGGUUGAACAUACCUUUCCACUUGCCGGUAACGGCGAUGGAAGUUCCAUCAAGGUCACUGUUUGGGCAUUGCCACGAAUGGAAGAGGUGCCAAUACUUAGCUGCCCGUUACAUCCAAUAAAAGAAAAAGAUGAGGAGACCAAUGUUGCUAGGGCCCUGACUCCAACCAAAACGAUUCCCGUGUCGGUAAACUCGACCAAUUCUUCGCAAAAUACCGACAAUCUUGUCAUGCCGGUAUUGCUGGAUGAUAGGCUACAAACACCGUGCAACAAGCCAGGAAAACAUCAUUGUCGUUGCGAAGAGGAAGACGUUUCACCACCUUCCCCAUCGAUUGCUAGGCCUAUAGGCGAGAGAAAACGUCGUAGAUCCCUUCCUUGCGGUCCACCGGAUAUCAAUUCCUGCGUAACGUUACAGGCUAUGCCACUGCCGGCUGUUCGUGAAUCAAUUGUUAGAGAACAGCAAAGGGAUAACGAUCGUUCCGUUACUAAUUCGAGCUCGAGCAGUUAUCCCAGAUCGUCAUCGGAGAUUUUAAAUAAUCGUGGAGUUUCUGGUAUAAAGUUUACAAACGGACAUCAUCAUAAUCGUUUUGAAGAUAAUACCCUUAGGAGUCGCAAUAAUCUUAAUUCCGACAAUCUCGAGCGUUGCUUUAAAGCACAAUUGAGUAUCGAAGAACGAGAUGGUAACGUUGAGAAACGUUACAAGCGUACACUCGACAAUAGUGAACGCAUGAACAGUGCCGAAGCGAAAUCGUGCGAGCUAGUUACCGAAGAGAAAACACGACGUUCGGAGAAAGGAUGUGGCGGCGGUGGUGGUGGUGGUGGUGAUAGUGGAAAUGGUGGAAACGGUGGUGGUACCAGCGGUGGCUUUCGUAAAAACAUCAAUUGCGCUAGUACACCGGCUGAAAAUAAAUCGAUGGAAAAGAACGGUCUCUUCGAUAACCUAAUACCAUUUAAUUCUUCCUUACCGUGGUCAUUCGUUGAAUCCUGGAACAAUAGCGGCGCCAAUGGGAAAUGCGGCUUUCAAAGUUUGCGAGGACCAAAGGAAGGACGUUUCAAUGGAUCAUCCUCCUCAUCGAGGAUGUAUUCCGUUCCUACACCACCUGUGAUAGAUCCCUUCAAACGAGCUACCCCUUUUCACGAAUCCAAUCCAGGACCGUCGACGUUAGAAAACUCCUAUUUGAAACCCAAACACGAUACCUUUGAAUCACCUUGUACGGUACACCAAACUCGACCGAAAUCCUUGAUAAACGGCUUUGGAUAUGGCGAUGGUAAGGAAACUUCUUUUAGAAUCGAUGAUAAUCCGAAAAAUCGUGGAAAACCUAAUAAAGAUUUAAAUCAAAUGAUGUCUAAAUUGUCUUUUCCCGAAGGACAACAAUGCGAUAAGGAUAAAUCCAGAGAGGAAGGUGGUAUACUGGAUUGGUUUAGCAGAGUACCAAGUCGUGUUCUUGGUGUUUCGGCCAACAACAGUUACGUUGAAAAUGGUAAAGCCAAAGACACGAACUUGAAAUCUCAGGAUCAUCAUGACAACGAGGUCAAGUUUAAAAACUGCAAUUUGGAACUAAGCCAGCGCGAAUUCGACGAGGUUUUGGCCGUGUUAAGAGCCAGGACACCAUCCGGACGUAAAAGGACUCCUUUGAAAACUAUCAAAAGACGCGAUAGAUAUGAAAAAUCUGUGGAGGAUGGCUCGUUUGAAAAAACUGCGGUUAAAUUUCCCACCAAUAUGGAUUCGAACGAAUAUCUCGUUGUCAAUCACGUUGAUGCACGGACUAAAUCUUGCGAAAAUUGCAAUCAUGGAUAUUGCAAGAAAAAUGAGCAUCGAUUGGCCGAUAAAAACGUCGCGUUAGAUCGUGUUUAUGGCAGUAAGAAUAUAUACAAUCCAAUUCACGAGAGGAAAGACAAACUUGGUAAUUAUGUCAACGAUGAAUCGAAAAGCGAUAAAUCUUGCGUAACGGACAAACGUGUUGGCGGUGGUGGUAAUACGGUCGAUUGUUUGCAAAGUGUAUCGAACAAGGCAGAUGUAUUAUUGGGGGCCAUAUUGCGAACUAGCAGAGAUCGGAAAGGUUUAACGGAUAUAUGUAACGGGACCAGAUCUCAAAGUGCUGUGGUAAAUUCAAAAGUUGAUAAUGAAACUAAUUCACGGUUCGAGCAGCCAAAUUCGAUCGAAAAACUUGAACACGAUUCGAGAAUUGUACCUAACGAAGACGACAAGUCUUUACCAUUGGCAUUGAACAAAAAAUUCAAUCGUUUUCGUCAGCUAUUUAAAAAGGAACAAGAGAAGAAAGUAUGCACUGCGACGGAAGAUCAUUUUCAGCAGCAAUACUUGCGAAAUUCUUCGCAACGUUUGAUGAACGGUGUAAAUUUAAAUUUAUCUUCCAAUAACGCCCAAACCGGUAAUUCGGUGGAUAAUACGACAUGUAAUUUGAGAGAGGUCAAGGUCAAGAGAAAGAUAGAUUUUACGAAUUUUCACGAUGAGACAGAAAGAAAGAACGAUGAACGAUCGGCGGAACCUAUGUCUUUAGAUUCUAGUACAAAUGGCGCACAUCAAAACUCAAGGAUUCAUAGUACAAAUUACACGGAGGAUCAUCGUAUAAACGUGAACAGGCUGUACAGUACAAAUCAAACUACCGUGGAGGAUAAAGAUGAACGCGAAGAUCAAACUAAUCGAGAUAAUAAAGCACAUAAUAAAGAUCCUGUUCCAUCCGCGGUUAAAAAUAUCAGCAGCUUAACGCCAAUCUCGUCGUUGCAAAGCAGUUUCUCGUCUUCCAAAAUACGAACUAACAAUCAGAAAGUUGCUGGUUUAAGUAGCAAUAUCGAGGAGGAUGAGAAUAUUGACAAAGCGGUUCCUUCGGCAAUCGAACAAGAAAGGUUUCGAAGGUCUUUAGAGAAUGCAGCGUCGAUGGUAUUCCAUAGUAGGACUGGAUUACCUUUAACCUCGAGUCCCGCGCCAUUGAGAAGAGGUAGCUGCUGUUUCGACUACGACAGUAGCUUAAAUUCCGUUUCCUCGAAAAGAAGCGCGCUGUUUGAACUGAACACGCCACCAAGUCCAGGUGCGGUUUCGUUGGAGGAAACUGAUCGAGAAACAGAGAAUACUUGCGAAGGCGAAGAACCCCCGAGAAGACGUUCGACCUCACGAAACAGGCCACAGAGUCAUGCCCUAUUGGGCAGCUUCGAGGAAUCAGCUUUAAACGGGAGACUCGAACCAGUAUCGACUGUUCACGGGUUCACAGCGGAACUCGGUGCGAGUGGUUCCUUCUGUCCUAAACAUCGAAAGCUUCCAGUUACUGUGUUCUUCUAUACUCUCGGAGACAAUGACAAAGUCUCUACACCGUACCUCGCUCAUAUUAAUCUAGGAAAGAAAGGUUAUCAGGUACCCAGAAGCGGUACCAUUCAAGUAACCCUACUCAAUCCAUUGGGUACAGUCGUCAAGAUGUUCGUAGUUCUGUAUGAUCUUUCCGACAUGCCGCCACGAUCUCAUACUUUUUUACGUCAAAGAACUUUACGGGAUAAAACUUUACGCUACCUCGUACACCUUAGAUUCAUGUCUGGUAAAUCAGGAAAGAUUUAUCUACAUACAGACAUACGUAUGAUCAUUUGUCGCAAAUCCGAUGUAGAUACAGCAUCAGAUUUUGGAUCAGAACCACCAAAGGAACUUAGAAGUUAUAUUCAUGGCCCUACAAAUCCAAAAUUUUCACCAAGGUGCUGAGCCACGUGGCUCUUUCCAUGGGGUUGCUGCCGAUCGCUCCGCCCACCUAGUCCCCUUCAUGUCGAGGUUUGAUUCGUCGUAUUGUGUAUGCGAACAGAAGAAGAAGAAGAAGAAGAAAAAGAAAAAAUAUUUUUUUUUUUUAUUUUUCUUUUUUUUUUUUUAUAAUACACACAACACACAUACAAACAAGAAAGAGGGAUAACGUAUCGGAAAAGAAAAGAAAAAAAUAAAUUUGACGUUGGUACACUAAAGGGAGACGAUAAUAAUAAUCAGUUUGAAAGUUAUGGGAAUAAUUGAUCACUCAUAUGAUCUUUGCUCUCUCUGAUUAUGGUAUGUUUUAAAAUAUAUUUAUGACGUGGGAUGUGCUUAGUAGCAUUAGCUUGCGAUUAGUUUCUUCUACGUUGUUUAUUCAUUUUUGUUUAUCUAAUUUUGGGUUUAGAAAGGUGGUAUGUGUUCUUCUACAUGUUAAGUUACAUCUGUCAUAUAUAUAUAUAGAUAUAUGAAAGAUUCAUUUGUCUUCUUUCAUUUUAUUUUUCUUGAUAUUUAAUUUAAUUGGAUAACAAUUAUAUUUCGUCCAAGUCGUAUCUUAUUUUAGUUUGCGAAUCUUUCAAACGAUCGGUUUUUGUUUUCGUUCGAAAAACAAUACAUACAUUUUUCUCUAUCGUGUUGUUGUUACGUUUCAUCCUUAUUUUGUUGAUUAAACGUUUGUAACUAUUGCGAAAAAUGAAGAUAUGGUUAAAAGAAGCAAUUACAUUUUUAUUUAAUUCUUUAUGACAUCGAAAUUUGUCGCAAGCUAUAUGAUCUCCUUGGAAAUGUGUCUCUCAUUCUUUCAAUUAAUCUCUGUAAAUAUAGUCUAAUAUUGUAAAGUCAACUAAGAUUUUUUAAAUGGGAUAAUACUGCCAUCUCUGUGUGUAGUAGUUAACCCUAAUAAACGAGAAAGAAACGAGUGAUAAAAAAAAAAAAAAGAAAUUAAAUAAAUAAAUGGGAAAUAUCAAAAUAUCGGACCUCUCGUUGAGAUAUUUUUAAUCUAGUAUAUAUAUAUAUAUAUUUAUAUAUACAUAUAUUAUGGUAGAAAGUUAUAAAAUUUGUGAUACUACUGUGUUCUUUCGAAAUAAAAAAGAAAAACAAAAUAA